AUGGAGCCAUCACCGUGCCUACCUGGUACCCCACCACGAGUGCCUUUGAGGCCUUCCCUGCUGGACAGCGAGGUGUCCUUCCAUGGUUACCCGCAUCAAGGACCACCGUCCCAACCUGGACCUUCUACACCGCAGAGCUCUACGCCAAGCACCGUCGAGCUUCUGCAGGCUUUGACCCUAGCCAUCCAAGGCAACCGAACGCCACCACCAAGGACGUUCAUCCAUACCUUCUCCGGCGCCGAUCAGGAUGAUCCACUCUUCUUCCUGAGGCGUUUAAGGGAGCACUUCCGGCAGUCCAAUAUCCAGGACGAACAGGAGCAAGCUGACCUAGCUGUAAGGCAGCUGCGAGGUGAUGCCGCCAAGUGGCAUGAACCCUAUAAAUCAUACCUCUUGGGUUUCCGUGACUUCGAGGAUCGAUUGUUGCAGCGGUAUAACAAUCCUUCGAAACAAGCAGUACUGCGAGCUCGUCUCUAUGGUCAGAGACAAUUUGAGGACGAACCUACAGCGCUGUUUAUUAUCCAAAAGCGAGCGUUGUUUGCCAGGGUAGACCCCCACCUACCCGAAUCAGCCAUGAUCGAUAUCCUGAUGGAACUACUCAAUCCAAGGUUGCGAGUACACCUACGUUCGCAAUCGUUCAACAACCUUGAGGACCUAUCCAGGUUCGCCGAGCAAAUCGAGCUCGACUUACGAGACCGACCCCCAGCACCAGUGCGUGCAAGUCAACCUCCGGCAGGUCCACGCCUGCCCAGUGGACCACCUCCUAGGCAGGCGCCUACCAAUCCAAGGCCACCAGGGCCUGCUAACUCAAGCCAGCCACCAAGCCCGUGCCGUUUUUGCGGAGCCAGGUUAACUGCCCCCACAACCCCUGGAGGCAGGGAAACUCUUCCAGGGCCGGCCCUACGAUGA